ACUUCAUUCAUGGCUCAGAACAUGCAUUAUCUAACAUUACUUAUAUAAUAUACACGUUUAGUAUUAGAACAAUGUAUUUAUUUUAUAUAUACUUGGUUUAUAUUUAGUGUAAUUUAAUAAAUAUUAUUCAUAAAAUGACCAAAAGUGUGGCCAUUAUUGGCGCCGGUAUUGCCGGUCUGACUGCAGCACAAAAAUUACACGAAAACAGUUUCAAUGAAAUCACAAUUUUUGAAGCGUUGGACAGAAUCGGCGGACGUAUUCAUACCAUCCCUUUUGGCAAUGGUGUACUAGAAUUGGGCGCCCAAUGGCUUCACGGACAGCACGGAAACCCCCUCUACUAUAUGGCCAAAGAACGAGACCUUAUCUCAAAUCCAAGAGUCGAUUACGGUAUGGAAGGAACCGGAAUAUUCUGUACGGAUUUGGGACAACUGCUCAAUACUGACGAUAUAAAUCAAGUUAUUUCUUAUUUACACCGAAUUAAAGACGAAAUGAGUGAC